GGAGGAGGAGGAGGCGGCGCCGCCUUCUCCGCGUCGCGCGCCCUAGCCGUUGUCUGCGCUCGGCUCUGGACCAGUUUGGGGAAGUUGCCGGGGCCCCGCGUCGUCCAGAUGUGCGACCUCAUUGAACCGCAGCCGACUGAGAAAAUCGGCAAGAUGAAGAAGUUGCGGAGAACUUUGUCGGAGAGUUUCAGCCGCAUUGCUUUGAAGAAAGACGAUACCACAUUUGAUGAGAUAUGUGUCACAAAGAUGUCUACACGGAACUGUCAGGGGAUGGAUUCAGUGAUCAAACACCUGGACACAAUUCCUGAGGAUAAAAAAGUCAGGGUUCAGAGGACACAGAGCACUUUUGACCCAUUUGAGAAACCAACUAAUCAAGUAAAGAGGGUACAUUCUGAGAACAAUGCCUGCAUUAACUUUAAGACCUCCUCUGCUGGCAAAGAAUCACCUAAAGUUAGGCGGCACUCCAGCCCCAGCUCGCCAACAAGUCCCAAAUUUGGAAAAGCUGACUCAUAUGAAAAACUGGAAAAACUCGGAGAAGGAUCUUAUGCUACAGUAUACAAAGGGAAAAGCAAGGUAAAUGGGAAGUUGGUAGCCCUGAAGGUGAUCAGGCUGCAAGAAGAAGAGGGUACCCCUUUCACAGCAAUCAGGGAAGCUUCUCUGUUAAAAGGACUAAAACAUGCGAACAUAGUGCUGCUUCAUGACAUCAUCCAUACCAAGGAGACCCUGACACUGGUCUUUGAAUAUGUGCACACUGAUUUAUGUCAGUACAUGGACAAGCACCCUGGGGGGCUCCAUCCAGAUAAUGUGAAGUUGUUUUUAUUUCAGUUGCUGCGAGGGCUGUCUUACAUCCACCAGCGUUAUAUUUUGCACAGAGACCUGAAACCACAGAAUCUUCUGAUCAGUGACACGGGGGAGUUGAAGCUGGCAGAUUUCGGUCUUGCAAGAGCAAAAUCUGUCCCCAGCCACACAUACUCCAAUGAAGUAGUUACCUUAUGGUACAGACCUCCAGAUGUCCUCCUGGGCUCCACAGAGUACUCCACCUGCCUUGACAUGUGGGGAGUCGGCUGCAUCUUUGUUGAGAUGAUCCAAGGAGUUGCUGCUUUUCCAGGAAUGAAAGACAUUCAGGAUCAACUUGAACGUAUAUUUCUGGUUCUUGGAACACCAAAUGAGGACACAUGGCCUGGAGUCCAUUCUUUACCACAUUUUAAGCCAGAACGCUUUACCCUGUACAGCUCUAAAAACCUUAGACAAGCAUGGAAUAAGCUCAGCUAUGUGAAUCAUGCAGAAGAUCUGGCCUCUAAGCUCCUACAGUGUUCCCCAAAGAACAGACUAUCAGCACAGGCUGCCUUGAGCCAUGAGUAUUUUAGUGACCUUCCCCCACGGCUAUGGGAACUGACUGAUAUGUCUUCUAUUUUUACCGUCUCAAAUGUGAGAUUGCAGCCAGAAGCUGGAGAGAGCAUGCGGGCCUUUGGGAAAAACAAUAGUUAUGGCAAAAGUCUAUCAAACAGCAAGCACUGAUGAGCACAGCCCUCUCAAAAGAGCAGAUUAAGUCCCAUUGUGUGUGAGGAGGAGAAAGAUGAGCAAAGAGACAAGAGCCAAAGUGAGAGGGAUAGAGAUGCACAGCUGAGAGUGUCGGAGCGCUGUGCAGACACACCAAGCCUGGUGCCCACGGGGACAGGAGAGACUGAGACAGAGCUGGUGUCAGAAUCUUUCAGGAGAAGGUGACCAUGUCAGGCUUCCUCAGUUAGCAGUGGUCUGUGAAAAGAAGGAUGGGUUGAUAGUCUAAGUAGCCUGGCAUGUCACUCGGAACCUAACAGUUGCUUUAAGUUUAUCUGCCAUCUCAACUCUGGAAACUGUUCCUGGAGAAAGAUCCACCUAUUGCUCUCCUCCGUGCUGUGACAUUGUGGUGGCUCACUUUUUCAGUCUCUACAUCAACUCACAUUGCUUUCAUCUUCCCUUCACUUUGUGGCUUCAGCUGACUUGUUUCUGCUUAUUCAUGGAUCCUGCUCAUUGUCAUUUCUCUUUGUCCCUCUGCCUCUGGGACAGUCUGCCACUGAGUUCUUUUUUCCUCAGAUUGAAACCGUCCUAGAGAGCAGCUCUGAUUGCUGUAGCCAUCAUCAUGAGCACGCAGAGAGCAAGGCUGCCGUGUCAGUCACCCCCAUAUGAGUUUCUGGCCUACCAUGGGCUGUUGUAGGUCAGUCUCGGAGCCCUGGUGCCAUCAGAUGAGCUGUGAAUGGGGUGGACAACCUGUCCUUAAGGACCCCUCAGAAAAGGGCUCUGGUCUUAGCCAUCCUGGAAGCUUUUAUGAAGCUGAAAAGCACCUUGCCUGGCCUGUGUACUGUGAGGUAAAAAUCAACAAGUAUAGAGGGAAACCCCAUUUUUAACAGAGUGAUAAUAUCUUCAUUGAAUGACAUUUAAGAUCUUCACUGUGUCAUAUUUUGGGCUAUUGACUAAAGAUUUUUAAGUCAUGUGUUUUCUCAACCAUAGACACAAAAGCAGAUGCCACCCAAUAGAACUUAUCACCAUAUAAAAAAUUCAGCUGUUAAAUCUGGGUUUCUUUCUAGUUUGGGGGUUUGGUGUUCGUUUUUUGUUAUUGUUGUUUGUUUUGUUUUUCCCUGAAAGAACUGGUAUUUUCUUCAUGACCCUACAGAUAUUUUUUCCUAUCAAAUAGCAACGCUUCUAUCAUCUUUGUUGCUUCAUAUAGUUGACAAAAGAUGCAAAAAUAGUAGGCAGAAGGAGAAACAAACCCUGAUGUUCCUCUCAGGUGUUAUCUGAAAGCAUACCUGGUUGAUGUCAUUACUCCCACAUUAUCGCAGAUUAAAAAAUACAUCUUACUUGAGAAAUUGACAGUGCUUUAAACCACAAAUGCGUAGUGUACAUUAUGAACACAAGAUCGAGAAGAGGCCAGAAUAUUGUUCAGUUUCCCGUCUACUUCCACCCCUUUACCUUAGCUUCUCCUCUAUCCUAGGAGAUAGCCUAAUAGUAUUCUGUGUACUGUGAGGUACAAAUCAGGAUCCUUUCAUGUCCUUUAAACUCCAAUGCAAAAGAGUAGACUAUAGAAGUUUGUCUCUUCUAUAAUCUUCUCGCUUCUCUGCCUCUGCAUCCCUCCUUCUCUGUGGGCCACCUCUGACCUGUACUCUACAUCUCCCCAACCCUGAAUGGGUCAGCAAGGAACUCUCAGGCCUUGACUACCUAAUCUGCUUAAUGACGGACUAGUCUUGUUACA